AUGACUAACGAUAAAUUCGACAUUAUUAUCAUCGGGGCUGGCCCAACCGGCCUGAUGCUCGCCACGUCCAUCACUCGAAUGGGCACGUUCAAAAUCAAAAUCGUCGACAAGAGGCAGGAGCCCACCAAGAUUGGUCGUGCUGAUGGUAUCCAGGCACGAACUUUGGAUCUUUUUGAAAACAUGGGGCUCAAGGAUAGGAUAAUGUCCUAUCGUCCAGCGCUGAUUUACGAGGUUGCAUUCUGGAAUCCGUCCGAUACUGGCGUCGGCAUCCAGCGAACAGGCACCUGGACAAGUUAUCCGGAUUUCAUCGACACGAGAUAUCACUUCACCACCAUCUUGCAUCAGGGACGAAUCGAGAAGAUGUUUAUCGACGAUAUUGCGAAGUCUUCCGUGCAGGUGGACAGACCUUGUUCAUUUACUGGCUCUAGGAACGAUGGGAUGGACAAGGAUUAUCCCAUUGAGGUAGACCUGGCGUACACCGACCGAGUAGAAAAAGUUCGAACCAAGUACCUGUUCGGAGCAGACGGUGCGAGGAGUGCGGUGAGAGAACAGCUAGGCAUCGAAAUGCCGCUUAAGGACCCAAUCACCUUUGUGUGGAGUGUCAUCGACGGCGUGGUCAAAACCACAUUUCCGGAUAUUCAAAUCAAAUGCACUAUACACUCCAAAGCAGGGUCCUCUAUGGUCAUUCCUCAGGGGAACAAUAGAGUCCGUGUCUAUAUCCAAGUGCACAUGGAAGACCCAACGAAGGACCCUUGGAAGGAGAUAGACCAAAACAAAACCCAGCUCCUUGCACGCAAGAUCUUUGCACCAUACACCAUUGAGUGGGAGGAGGUAGACUGGUGGUCAGUGUAUCCCAUCAGCCAGCGCCUGGCGGAGAAAUAUACGCUGGACCACCGAACAUUCAUUGGAGGCGAUGCCUGCCACACACACAGCCCCAAAGCUGGCCAAGGCAUGAACUAUGGGUUUUUCGACGCACAGAACUUCUCUUGGAAAUUCAAUCUCGUCGAGUCGGGCCUCGCCGCACCUUCGCUACUGAAAUCGUACGAGCAGGAGCGCAAGUUGGCCGCUGCAAAACUUAUCGAUUUCGACGUGCAAUACGCGAAGUUGUUUAGUUCGCGACCGCCGUCAACCGCGGAGCUGCGUUAUAUGGCGGUGAGCAAUGGGACCACCCCGGGAGACGGAGACGAGUUUAUGAAGUACUUCAAAAAAGCCUCGAGCUUCACAAGUGGCUAUGAAGUCGAUUAUGGUGCCAAUGAUAUCAACUGGCGCGUCGGCAGGGGUAAGCACGCCAUCGCUUUCAGCCCUGCAGGUGUAAAGCUCGUGCCGGGCCGCGUUUUCCCUGUCGCAACGGUUAUUCGCGUUGUCGACGCCAACGUAUGCGCGCUAGAGCAAGAGGUAUCAUUCAAUGGGGCAUUCCGCAUCUACGUUUUCGCAGGAGACAUUAAGCACAACUGGUUGGCAAUCGAAGAACUGGGAACAACACUCGCAAUGCACGACUCCUUCCUGCUUCAACACAGCAAUACAGAUGCUGCUUUUCGAGAAUCAUACACCAACCGCCACAACCCGCACUCGCACUUCUUCACCUUUAGCGUAGUGUCCAACAAUGCACGUACUGAUGUCGAUAUGGCUACGGCGCUGCCUGGAUUUUUACAACCCUACCGCCACCAUGUUUACGCCGACGACGUGUCACCCGCUGGUCUCCGCGGCUACCGUGGAGCUGUCCACGCUAAGAUGGGCUUCGACCAGCAAAGAGGCGGUGUGGCUAUCGUCCGGCCAGAUGCUUUUGUUGCAUGUGUCCUAGGGUUGGAAGAUGGAACCGUGACGGCACACGCCAUCAAUGACUAUUUCAGAUCAGUGUGCGGCAGGUGA